CAGCUGUACUUCCUCAUUACACUUAGACAGAGAUUCGCUGUGUUGGAUCAUAGUCGGCGUGACGGUCAUGAAGGACGGUACCGGAGCCGGGGAACAGGCGGAGGUCUCCCGCCAGGAGCUUUAUGAGGACUAUGUGAACUGUUACCUUCAGCAGUGUGCGGACGUCCGACCGGGCCCCGACGCCCGGCUGCUGAACAGAGCGGCUCAGUAUUUGCUGAGGGAGCCAGAUCCUAAGGGCACCUUCACCGUGUUUCCAUUCUACCAGGCGGUCUCCGAGGACUGUGAACCCCUGAGAACAGACUCCAGGAAACACCUGUCCGCCUUUAUUAAAGCCACCGAGCUGCUGGAAACGCUCUGCAUCAACCUGUACCUUCAACCCUGGAAGAAGGAAUUCAAAACACUUAAGACUUUUACAGGUCCUUUUGUUUACUGUCUUCUGCCAGUUCUCAGCGGCUCCACCAUUGAGUCAGUCCUGGCUUCUAUCGGCUACCUGCCCCACGCUGACGCCCCACAAAGCGAGUUCCGGCUCAGUGAGGAUGCUAACCCAGACAGAGCCAUGCUGGUGGGCUUCGAGCUGCUGCUGGCCAGGGUGGAAUGCUACCACCUCCUGGAGCUCCUGGAGAAGGAUGAGCUGGAGCCACAGGAGAUGCUGGACAUUCUCCGCAGGAGAGUGGGGGCCACUACAGAGCUAGAGGAACCCACAGAAAAGAAGACGACAACAACAGGGCAAAACGAAGAGGAGAAGAAGAAGGAAGAAGCAGAUAAAAAAGAGGCGCCUCUGUAUUCAGACACCAGGCUCACAGUGAACCCCCAGCCCAAGCCUCAACUCCACCACCACCUCCACAUCAGUGCAGACCAGUCCAUCAUGGAGAUGCAGAGAAUCUACCCUGAUCUGGCCUUCAGGGGCCGCCUCCUGGUCACAGACAAACCUCGCCCAGCAAACGGCAGCAGGGGCAGCGUCACAGCUCUUCACGCUGCCAGUGACAGUUACGGUGAUGACAGUAAAGCUGCUGAGCUCCACAGAAGAGACUGCACUAAAGGCACCAAAGCCGCUUCUACAGCUACCUGCAGUAAAAAUGACGAGAGCAAAGCUGCCGAGGUUUCGGGCGACAGCGGCAGAAGUAGCCUUUGUCAUGAUAGGAACACUGGCACGAGCACCGUCCCAGGAAACACCACUGGCGGCAGCUUUAGUAACACUGACAGAAGAAGAGUUGAUGAUGAUGAUGAUGAGCUCAGUGGUCCUCAGGGUAUGUCGCUUCACCUCACUCUGAGAGCUGGAUCCAAAGCGGAGCAGGACCUGAUGCCUGGAGAGUCUCAGCCCACAGCAGCCCACAGGCAGCAGCAGGCAGCAUCGGACGUACAAAACAGGAAACCAACCAGACUGCUGCUUCCAUCUCUGAGCUCUGUGGACGAGGAGCAGGAGCUGAGACAGCUGGCAGAGACGAUGGGCCAGCUCCAAGUGCAAGAGAACGAGGGGGAGGUGAAGAGAGAAGCGGAGAGGAAGAGAGCGGAGGAGAACACGAGCAAAGAGAGGAGGAAGAAAAAACGAAAGGCGAGCACGGAGGGAGAGGAAGAGGAGCUGAGCCUCAGGAAGCCAGUGAUGGAGACAGGUCCCCCGCCGAGCCACGACGGCAGCAGAUGCACCAAAUCCUCUCAGCCUGAUCCUGAUCCUGUGUGCCACCCCUCGGCCCUGACUGCAGACUGUCAGAGCUGUAACAGAGGAGGAGGAGGAGAUGAAGAUACCCAAGAUACCGAAAGAGCGGAAACGGGCCGAGGAGAGGAGGAGCAGCUGGCACAGAGCUUCGUUAUCGUCGAGCAUCACAAGAAAUGACACACAUUCAGGGUUCAAACGGACUGAAGUCACUGUGAAUACUGGGUUUAGAUAGAUACCCGAUACUUGAUUUGAUUCAUUUUAUUUUAUUUUUUAUUAACUUAUUGUAACUUUAUUAACCGUCUUGUUAUCAUGAAUCCAGGGAUGAAGAUGAAGGAGAACUUCAUACAUAAUGUAUCAUUUAAUUCUGAGAUACAGACACAAAUAACUUCAGCUCACCAUGUCUUAAUUUGAAGAUAUUUGUGUGUUUUUUUUUUUUCACUUCUUUUUUCCUCUCACCUCUACAUAGACCAUGUCCUCCAUGGUUAAAUAACCAAACCGGCUUGGAGUCGCUGCAAGAAUUUCUUUUUUUUCUCCGCUUUUGAAUCUCGCUCUCUGUCUCGUCAAAACUAAAUAAAUAAAUAAAGUCA